CAUGUUGGUUUGCGCUGCAUGGUAAGGGCGGCAAAUCGUUUGCAUUCGGGAGAAAAACGCGGCAAGUUGAGGAAGGUGCGAAGCAGAUGUUGUUUCUACCGAAAAAAACUUGGAUGAUUUAAUCCCCGGAAUCUGAGAACGUUGUGAAUCGUAAACUUCGACGACGCUGAUUCAAUCUCGGUAAAAUAAUACAAUUGACACUCCUGACCGACAUGGAAACGGUCGAGGACGGCGAACAGCCGAAUGUUCUUCGGGAGAUAGCGAGCGAUGAGGAACUGGAACAGAUCCCGAAGGAGCUCGCGAAAAAGAUUCAUGCGCAUUUUAAUGCGAAGUUCGAUGAAUUUAUAACCGCCAAGGCCGUUUUCGAGACCAGUAGGAAGACCUUAGAACAAAAUUUAGAGAAGACACAAAAGGAACUCGCGGAGCAAAAAUUGGAUCUCGACGAAUGUAGGGGAAAAUUGGAAAUAUCUGAACAGAAUAAUGCAGAGCUAUCUAACAACCUUGAGGAAGUGAAGAAUGAAGUACAUAGAUUACAAGAAUCUGUUAAACGAUUGGAAAAGGAAAAUGGUGAACUACGGAGGCAGAGGGAUACACUUACAGAUGAGACAAAUGCAUUACAACUGCAAGUUGAGAGGCGGGACACUGAGAUUGAAAGGAUGCGUGUUGAAUUGUCUUCUUUGAGCUCUCAGCUUCAAGCUGCCAUUGCAGCCAAGUGCCAAACUCUAACUGAGACAGAGGAAAUUCGUAGUCGAGAAAUGACUUUAGAUUUUAAGGAGAAACGACUAGAGCAAGAACGAGCACUUCUUUCCCAGCAAAUGGCAAGUCUUGAAGAAGAAUUGGCUAAAAGGACCUCUGAAUUACAAGCAGCAAGAUCUGAAGCUUCUAGCAGAGCUCUCUUAAUUGAUACCAAACUGUCUCAACGUGAAGAAGAGCUACGAAUAGCUAAUGAAGCCAAUUCUCAAUUGCGAGAAUCGGUUUCUUCUCUUCAAAAACAAUGUGAUGAACUAGCUCAGAAAUUGGAACAGCAGCGUGCUCAUGAAAUCGCCAUAAAUGAUUCUUACCAGAAAGAAAUCAGUGCACAGAAAAAUCUAGCUAGUUUAUAUGAAUCUAUGAAGGAUGAUGCCAAUGCUAAGGCUGAGGCAAUUUCCAAUGCAGCAAGCGAGCUACAGAAACUUGUGGAUAGUACUGCAGAGGAGUACGGAACAUUGGAAACAAAGUACAAUCAAUUGAUGCUUCAGCAUAAACAAGAUAUUGAUGACAAAGAACAGAGUAUUCAGGAUCUAACGAAGGAACUUGAACAUGCUAAUGAACUAUUAAAGAAUAUCCAACAGGAGAAAUUAGACCAAGCUGUAGAACAAUUGGCACCUACAGCAGCAAUAACAAGUCGAGUGUUACGAAAGGGCCUAAGUCUCACACAGAUUUAUACUCAGUUAGUUGAAGCCACGAAUGAAUUGGCCUUGGAACGAGAAGAUAAUGAACGAUUGAAAUCACAAAUGGACUUGAUUCUUCGCGAAUUAGAGCAAAAAGCACCGUUAUUGCAACAACAGCGCCAAGAUUAUGAGACUGCUAUGUCAAAUGUGGCAACACUAACUUCUAGACUGGACGAACUUCUUGCAGAAAAUCAACGUCUUCACGAAAGUUCUGAUGAAGCUAAUCGUCUUGCAAAACAUCAUACUACAGAAAAUCAAAAAUUGAAGACUGAACUUGCGGAUCUGGCCAGACAAGUAUGUUAUCUUCUCAAAGAGGUCCAAGAAAGCCGCUCCGGUACCCGUGUGGAAACUAGAGAUUUGUCUUCUUCCAUGGAUACGGAUGAUAUCUUGUCAUCACAAAUUAUUAGCAAGAAGUUAGUGACUUUCAAAGAUAUUGAGGAACUGCAAGAAAAUAAUCAAAAACUUUUAGCGGUUGUUCGCGCAUUAUCAUCUAGACAAGAAGAGAUUGAACGGGCUACCGACGAGAUAAAUUCGGGCGAGAUGAAGGAGAAGUUAGAGCGUUAUAUGGAACAGCUGGCAGACAUGCAGGCUGCACAGGAGAGACAUUCAAAGAUGGUGGAUGGUCUCUUGAAGCAGAGAGAUACAUACAAGAACAUGUACCAACAGAUAUUGAAAAAUUCUAAUGAGAAAAAGGAAACAGAGAAAGAUGUUGAAGAACAUAAAUCGAAUGAAGAACCGAAGACGACAAAGGAUAAUGAAGAAAAGGAGGAAUGGUCUAGGAAAUUAAAAGAAGCUGAAGACAAGUUUAAACAAGUUUCUGAUGAGUACGAGAUAUAUCGAAAGGAGCGGACUGCGCAUGAAAAGAUGUUGAGCGAGGAAGUAGAAAGGCUUAGGAAAGAAGCAGAGGCAAAUUCAGCAAGAUGUUGUAGAUUGAGGGCACAAUUAGACUCGGCGAACGAAAGGUUUACGUUGUUGCAGGGCAAUGUUGCUUCUUAUAAGUCCCAGAUCAAGACCCUCGAAGAGAAAUGUACCAAUUACAACGUCACUAUCGGUAAACACGAGCAAAGUAUUAUGAUUCUAAAAGACGAGACGCUUGCCGCUCAGACUCGCUUAGCCCGAGCUGAAGUUCAAUUGGAGAACCUUCGUCAGGAACGACAACUCUUGAAAGACUCUGAAGGACGUCUCCUAAAGGAACGAGAAGUUUAUCAAAGAGAAAGACAGACGCAAUCUUUACUUAGAGCAGACAUGGAAUCUAUUAAGGCUAGUUUGGAGCGAGUCCAGGCUGAAGGACAUCUUAGAGCCGAGCAGAGACUUGACGAUGCCAACAGAGAAUGUGCUGCUCUUCGGCGUCGUCUUCAAGAGGAGCAAGAUCGCUUCAGAGAGUUGGCAAGCCAUUUGGAGAGACAACUGGCGACUGUGCAGGAGAGAUUAAAGGAAGAACGUGAAUUAAAUGAGAGACUUAAAGCUGAAUUGGAGCAAGCAAGAGAGGCUGAGGCCCAAAGCAGCCAAAAGAUUGAUGAACUAAACAACAAAUUGAGGCAGGCAGCUGCCCAUUCCAUUUCUAAACCCUUGACAGGGGAUGAAAAUCUUAUAAAAAGGGUUAAGGAACUGGAAAUGCAAGUGAGCACUUAUCAGAAUGAAGCAAAGUCACUCUCCGAACAUCUGAAAGCAGCCAGACAGCAGAAUCAACAAUACUGUGACAUAGCCGAGAGUGCUGAAACGCAGCUGAGAGAAUUGACAGCUGAAUAUAAUAAGUGUAAAGAGGAAUUAGAGAACGCUUUAAAAGAAUCACGCGUGGAAAUUAUUUCAUUACAGAAGAGAGUAAAGGAACUGAGUGAUGAAUUGGCGAAAAUGUCAAAUGGCAGACAAGAAACUAAUUCAGAAUUGAGAGAUAGAUUGGCUGAGGCAGAGAGAAAAGUCGAGGAAUUGGAUGAGUUGAAAGGUGAAUUAGAAUUGUUGAAGAGCGAUUUAAAAUCUAUGUCUAUCACAGCUAAAGAGGCAGAAGAGAAGUACACUAGAGAGAUGAUGCAGCAUUCGUCCGAUUUGCAGAUUUUAGCCAAGCUGAAAGAAGAAGCUCAGCAUGUUCAACAGAAACUUAGCAUUUUAACUCAAGAGCGAAACGCAGCAGUGGAAGCUUUGGAAAUCGAGAAAUUAGCUUCCAAAGAAAGAGAACAGAAGUAUGUGAACGAGAUCGAGGAAACACAAAAGAGGAUUGUAGAUUUAGAUGCGCAAAACGUGCUUUUGCAUAAUCAAAUUCAGGAAUUGGGCGACCGGGUUGCCGUCAUGCAGAGUCAGCAGACCAAGAUAAGUGGAGGGGAUAGUCCUGAUACUAGUUUUGAAGCUCUGAAUAAAAGUUUCAGUUCUUUAGAGGAAGAUUCUAACUCAGUUGAACAGUUGUUGAGAGUUAUGAAAUAUUUAAGAAGAGAGAAAGAUUUGGCUUUAGCCAAAUCCGAUGUUCUUAAAGCAGAAAAUCUCAGAAUGAAAUCACAGAUCGAGGUAGCAGAGAAGCGACUGAAAGAAACCGAGAUCUUACUAAAUUCUGAACGAGAGAAAUCUGAAAUUGAUGUGAUGACCACAUCCAAGCAUGCAGAAUUGCUGCGCAAGGUGGAGACUUUGAAUGCCAUUACAGAUUCUAACCGAAUCCUCAGAGAAGAAAGAGAUCAUCUAAGCGCAAAAGUUAACGAACUUUCAGCCAAAGUGAAUGCUCUAUCAGAAGAAGUAGUACCUCUUCGAGAUACAUCCAGAAACUUGGCAGCCAAAACUGAAGCUCUGAUCGAAGAGAACAACAGCUUGAAGGGCGAAGCAACUAGAUGGAGGCAAAGAGCAAACACAUUAUUAGAGAAGGCAAAUAAGGCCAGUCCUGAAGACUGGCGACGGCUUCAGACCGAAAGGGAGAACUUGAGUAAGUUGCUAACAUCAGAAAGGGAGAUUCAUGCAAAGAGAAAUGAGGAAUUUAAUCAAGUGAAAACGGAAAAAACAAAACUCGAAGAACAAAUGGCAGAAUUACAAAGACAGAUACAGACGCAAGAUGAACAAAUGUCACGAGUAUCAGAAGAGGCCCGCAAACUGGGCCAAGAUCUCAACGAGGCAUUAGCUGAUUCCUCUUCAAAAGCAAAAGACUUGGCUUCCCUUAGAAAAGAACUAGGCGACAAGGAAGCAGUUCUUAACGACAUCAGAAAUAAAGAAAUUCAGAUCCGCAAAAUAGCCAAAAAAUACAAAACACAAUUCGAAGAGCUAGCGAGAACCGUGGAGGAAGAAAAGAACCGCAAUGAAGAAGCCAGGAAUGAAGAAACUUCCAGCGCAACUGUCCAAGAUCGCGAAGCUCAAUUGAGAGAAGAGGGACGUCAGGAAUUCCGUCAGGCAAACGCCGAACUCGUAACGAAGGUAGAUGAUUUAACUCGCCAAAUGACAACGGCUCAAAGCGAGGCCGAGAAUCUGAGAAAGGAGAUUGAAGCUAUGAAUCGCAAUAGUGUGGAGAAAGAGGAGAGAGCAAAACAAGUUCUUAAAGGAGCUAGAACGAAAAUCAUGCAACUGACUGAGUCGAAGAAGAUUUGCGAAAAAGAAUUAUUAGACUUAAGAUCUAGGAUAGAAUCUGGAGGAGGCAGCGCAGGAGUUCAAGGAGAUCAUUCUGAUACGGAGCAUGAUGCGCGAUUAGUGGCGUUAAAAUCGCAGAUGGAGGGCCGCAUCUCCAGAUUGGAGCAUGAAAAGUUAGAAGUGCAAGCGGAGAAAGAGGCGCUGUUGCAGAGAGUUGCUCAGCUGCAGAGACAGCUGUCGGGAAUAAGCGGGGUGAGUGCAACUACGGAACCGCCCACGGCGAACAUUAAGCCGAUGUCAGCAAGGGCCGAGACGCCUUUGGCGAGUAUCAGACCGAUGAGCGUCGUGCAAUCGAGAACGGCGGCCGUGUUGCCGACCACGGCUAGUGCGCCAGUUAUGGUCGCACCGCAUCAAAUGCAGCAACAACAACAACAAGUAGUGCAUACCACGGAGACGAGCUCGCCGACUAGUAGUUUAACCGACUUCCAGCCAGCAAGCACCAGCAGUUCUUCGCAGAGCGCGCAAACCAGUAAUCUUCGUCAAUUAGUGGUGCAACCGCAAUUAAGUGAAUCGGCUGAAUCCACACAGAGAGAAGACCCGGAAAGUGCAGAGACGCUCAACAUGCAGCCGCAGCAGCAACAAUGUCAACAACAACAGCAGCAGCAAACAGUAGCAUUGGUAAGCCCCAGAGUGGAGCAACAACAGCAGCAGCAGCAAGUUGCUAUCAGCGACCAACAGCAAACUGUGGCGAGCAGUUCCACGCAGUCGGUUAGUACGUCCCAAGCUUCCUCGGGACUAAAGAGACCCCGGGCUUUGGACUCGACCGCUUCUGGCUCCGGGAUAGCCGAAGAGGUGGAUCAUGGACGUCAGGAGCAGGUGCAGAGCCCAAAAACCAAGAGGAGUAGACAGGACAUUAGCGCGACUGCGAGUGCCAGCGCUUCAGAAGUGGAAUAUCAGGUGCCUACAUCCAGCCAGAGGGAUCAAGAUGAAGAAGUUGAAGAAGGCUGUGUAGUUGUAGUAGAUUGUGAUGAAGGUGAAGGUGGAGGCAACCAUCAGGCCCAAGAAGAAGAGGAAUUCGAAAAUGAUCCAUACGAGGAAAUGGAAGAGGAAGAGGAGAUGCCUUAUGAAGUUGAAGUUGAGGUAGAACGGGAUAAUAAUGAGGUGGAGAUUAUCAUGGAGGAAGAUUCUAGAACUAGCGUCGAAGUUCCUAGACAAGGUCAAGCAUCCAUCCCUACUAAUCAGCAGCAAUCUGAAGCCAUUAGUAGCGCUGGACCGACUGGGGAGCCACCGACAUCCUUCACGGCAAGAGCUAGAGGAAUCGCGCCUAUGCCGAGACAACAGCAACAGCAACAUCUUCUUCUGCCACAACCAGGAUACGAAGAUGGCGGCGAUGAUUGCAUCGUUCCUAGUACACCAACUCUUUUUGUUCCUCGACGCGACGGCUUCGGGGAAGCUGUGAGUUCUCCACAAGUACCUCAGGGACGUUUCACUUUUGGAGAUCAUUCAACACCUACAACAGCCUCCUCAACACCGUCCUUAACAACAUCCACAGGCUCUAUUACUAGAACUAUAUUUGGUUCUUCCAGUUCUACAGUAGCUCAAGUUGUUCAAGAAAGCAUGGACGAUAGUAGGAUAGACUUGACACAGCUGGAGGAUGGUGGAACUGGUCGCAGCGUUCCUACAACACCUCUUCAGGUUUCUCCGGCUGCGGAUUUACCACCUUCAACUAGUAGUGGCCAAUCUGAGGAACAAGAAACCACUGUAACGCCCGUUUCCGCAACGGCCACUUCCGACAAUGUUGAAGAACCUGGCAUUCCUAACAUUCGCAUUGUCGGUACCGAUGAUCAACAACGCGGUUCAACUGAAGCCUCAGAAUCUAGCGCAACUCCGAGCGAAGGAGUGAGUUCGGAGGGUGAAAAGCGACCGGAAGAGCCGAUGGCCUUGGCAACUGGCGAGGACGAUACCGUGGACACGGUGGAAGUGACAGAAGAAGCGGGAAGCGAACUUGUUGAAGACGAAGUCGAAGAAGAGAGUCGCGAAGCAGAGGCUUCGCCAUCCAGUAACACUCGUCAAAGGACAAUGGCGGCCAGCCUAGCAACCACGGGUGAUCCUAAUGGUGCUAGAGGAAUGACGGUCAGAAGAUCACCGAGAUCGACCUUUAGAGUAGCGAGGGGCGCAAGGCCUACACCGAUUGUGUGGGGAGAUAGCCAAUCGGGUAGAGGACAACCUGUAAUGCGAGGACAUGCUAAUAGAGGAGCCGGCAAUGAGGGGGGACGAGGGCGAGGAACACGAGGCCGACGAAUGCGCUCGAAAUAUCCUUACACCCGAUACUCGUAAUAUCGCACAUCGACUUCUGGGUCUUGUAAGUCUUUUAUUCGUCAGACAUUCUGUGCGUAGUUUAUACUGUCGAUUUAUUGUAUGUUAAGCAAGUAAAGAUAACUCAGUAAGUAAAUCGAUUAAUUCAUUCUUGUAUAAUAAAAACUUUGAUAUUUUCUGGGUUUUUUUAAGAAUAAUGUGCAGGCCAAUUAUGUGUAGGAAUGUUUAUACUAUAUUUUUAUUCAAUUUUUUUUAUAAUAGGUUGUUUAUUUGAAGAUAAACCGAAAGAAUUUUUUCACAAAGUUAUAGGAUUUUGAUUACAGUUUUUUUACUUUGAAAUCCUACAACAAAUUAUAGUAAUUUUUUUAUAGAUUUAAGGAAAAUGGAGAAUUAAAUUUUGUACUUCUCCGAGUGAAUUUUUUGUUGAAAAAAAAAAAAUAAAUAAAAAUAAAAA